AUGGCAACCCAAGAACCCACAGACAUUCAAGCGUCCCGCGAAGCAGACUACAAGCGCUUCAAAAACUACGCCGCCUACACAUUCCUGAUCGGAGCCCCAAUCCUAAUCGCCCUCCCACCACGCAAACUAGACCCUCUCACCGUCCUAGUCCUAUGCUCCUUCGGCGUCUCCGCAAACCACAUCGUGGCAGACCGCACCGGCCGAAGCAUAAUUGACCGGAUCGACGCUAAGAUCUCACGAUUCCACGGCUCCCUCUCGGGUCUGCCGAGCGAGCGCGCGCAAGAAAUCCAAGAGCGACUUCGGGCUGCACGCGAUGCGCAAAUCCGCCAGGCUGAGGAUGAGAAGCUCUCUGCUCGCAUUCAAGAGCUCUCUGAGAAGGGGGAUGGGUCUGUGAGUGCCGAGAUUGAGAAGCUCAAGGCGCGCCAGGCUGCUGAGAAGGGCGUUGUGCAGCGGGUUUGGAUGGGUGGGGAGUCCGAGGGUUGGAAGGAGAGGAGGCUGAGGGAGGAGCAGGAGGCUUUGGCUCAGGGGAAGGGGUAUGGUGAUUUGAUCCAGGAGCACAUUUGGGAUGUUUGGACUUGGGGUGGGAAGGAUGGGAAGGGGGGUGAGGGUGUUAAGGAGGAGGAUGGGAAGGAUGAACCUGUGAAGAAGGAUUGA